AUGUCUGAAAAAUCUGUGAUAAUUUCCGUAGAAGAUGAAGUCAAAUCACUUAAAAACAUAAAUUCUAGCUAUGAUAUGGUAGCAAUAUCGCCAAAUGCAAAAUAUAUUGUUGGGUAUAAUCAUAUUGACAAACAAAUUGUUGGAUGGAAUAUUCAAGAUAUCAAAGAAGGAAAAAUAGAAUCAGAUGGCACAGCUAAACCUUAUUGUGUUGAACAAGAAAAUAUUAACAACUUGUGUGUUUCUGAUGAAAAUAUAGUAGCAUUUAGUUAUAGUGAAAAAGAAUUUAAAAUUAUUGAUAUGAAAAAUCAGGAUCAAACAAUAAAAUUAGAUUUAAGGUCUAAUUUAUGCAACCUUUCUUUUAAAUUCAAUUCAAAUAAUGAGUUCAUCCUUCUUGAAUUUCCCUUUAUUCGGGUUUAUUCAACACAAAUUAAAGAUAACAAAUGGAAGUGUCAAAAGAAAUUUAAACAAAUCUAUUUAACGGAUUUAAUAGAUAUAAUAUCUGAUAGAAUUUGGCUACUUAUGGAGUAUAAGCCAUACAUAAUUGAACUUAAUAUUAAAACUGGUAAUACUAAAGUUAUUUCCAAAAACUUAAAAGGGGUUAAAACGGAAAAUAUUAGAAUUUCUAGUAAUAAUAAGUUUACUUGUCUGAAAAUAAAUGAUGAAAUUAUUGUUUAUUUGGAUGAACUGAACAUUCCUAUUGCAUCAUUGGAUUCAAAUAAAGACAUACGACUAUAUAAAUUUAUGAAACAAAAUACCGACUUACAUUGUUUGUUACUCUCUUUAUUUGAUGAUAUGUCGAAAAAUCAAACAAGGAUUUCUUGCUUAAAUCAAAUAACGAAAGAUCCAUUAUUAAAGAAUAAUAAAACUUGGAAUUCUUUCUUAAACCAAUUAACGAAAGAUAAUUCGUUAUUAAAGAAGAAUUUACAACUUCAAUAUUUUCAAAACCAUCUAUUUGUAAUAGUAGACGAUUCCGUUCUCAAAAUUGAAAUUAAAUUGGAUUUAGAUAUCAACUCUUAUACUUUAGAGGAAUUACAAAUGUAUGAAGAUGAAGAAAAUUGGUUAACAUAUUUCGGAAUCGAAAAGCUUGAUGAAGAAACAAAUAACUUUAAUUUCAAAUAUGAACAUCCGUUGAUUCACAAUAUGGGGAUUCCCUCGAGGGAUGUUUUUAAAGACAAUAAGAAUGAGAUGCAGAAUAUUGAAGUAAUGGGUUAUAAUAAAGAUGGACAUAUCGAAUUAGGUGUUCAUAUGAAAGUUAAUGAACAUGAAGCUGUUAAUUAUUUUAUAAAGAUUAAUCUUAGAGAAAAUUUUUCAAUAAUUCAAUUUGAAUUUCUUAAUGAAUUUAACGAUCUUGGCGUAGUAACUACUAUUGGAAUUUUUAUCUUUCAUUUAAAUGAAAGUGGAAAUAAUGAAAUUUCAUUAAAAUAUUUUUAUAAUAACACUUGGAACGAUAAAACUGACGUGGAUUAUGAUAGGAAACUAAUUAAUGGAUGGAUCUCAUACUUAAACGAUGAUAAAAUAGGUUUUUUAAAAUAUGGUCAGAUAUUAUUUAUAUUUUCAAUUAAGACUAUGCCAUUAUUGAAGAAACAAUAUCCUGAAUAUCUUACAAGAUAUUCAUCGGAUACAAACAUGAUAAUAAAUUCUAUGGAUUAUCAGGUCGAUGAAAUAACAGAAAAAUCAUAUCUUAAUCCUUUUACUGACACUACGCCCGCGUUUAAAUUUUUUAUUCCUUAUAUCAAAUUUGAUAGUUAUCCACAAGAAUAUAGUUGGUGGUGGGAAUUAAUUAAACCUGCACCCAGUACAUUUGUGGAAACCAUAUCUAGAGAUAUAUAUAAGACAAUGAAUGGAGAAGCUUUAAUUAUUUUCAAAUGGAAUAAAUAUGGAAAACUUUACUAUUCAAUUAUAUGGGUUGGAUUUAUUGCUUUACUUGGAUGCUUUACUAUAGCUGCAACAUUUUCUGAAGAAUUUAUACCUCAAAAUAUCAGAAAACAACUAUUGCUUGCCUCAACGAUUCUUGGAUUUGUUCAUUUAACUUUUGAAAUACGUCAAUUCAUUUAUAGUCCCUUAAAAUGGGUUCGUGAUGUUUGGAAUAUAUUGGAUUUAACAGCAUAUCUUCUUACAAUUGGUUCUUCUAUUUAUUGGUAUCAAACAAAUGACAAAAACGUUCAAUUGCUUUCUGUCACAUGUUUAUUUUUAGAUAUGAAAUUUUUAUUAUUUUUAAGAGCAUUUGAAUCCUUUGGUGUCUAUUUUGAGAUUAUUCUUAGUGUUGCGAAACGAAUAAUCUCCUUCUUGGUAGUCUUAGGAAUCAUUUUAAUUAGUUUUGCACAUGCAUUUUACAUAUUAUUGGCUUUAGAAGAUCCUUGGAAUAUUACAACUACUUAUUCUACCUCCGAUCAAAUAGGGUCAACUGAUCCUAAUCCAUUCAUAAUUCAAAUCCCCGAUGCAAAUACAAACAUGUUCAGUGGUUAUGGUGAUUCAAGUGCUUUAACUCUAUGGCCAUAUAAAGAUAAUAAAAUACUUGUCAUAUUUAUGAUUUUAUUCUCUUUCUUGGUCGUCGUAUAUCUCAUGAAUUUGUUUAUCGGGUUACUUAAUAUCGAGAUUGAAAAGGAUAACAAUAGAACCUCGUAUUUGUUACAAAAAGCGAAUAUUUUAGCAGAAAUCGAGUUAUUUUACUUGCUUCCACAUCAAAGGCGUUGGAAAUCCUGGUUUCCUGAUGAAAUAUAUUAUCAUGCCGAUGUUGAUGAAGUGCGUAGAAGGAUACAAGAACUAAUUAAGAAUGAUGAAUGGGAUUCAAUUAUUUCAUCGCAAUGUUAA